CACAUCUAAUACUUUUGCCAUCACUAGUUUAGCAGAAAUCAGGUUGCAAAAAAGACGUAUUCAUGAAAAAAUGGAAUUAGCGAAGAAACUACAAGAAGUCGGAUGGCACCUGACGGAGGAGGGCCUUAAAAUCCUAACGACAGCCGUUAGCAGCGAGGAUCCCCGCAAAAUUGUGGAUGCAGCUCUAAACAGGGAUAUGCGUGACAUUGGGGGUGGAGCACUGCCCGUGAAACGCGAAGACGCCACUUUGCCGGGAAAAAUGGUUUUGCAGGUGCAGAGAGUGCGAAACAUAGCCGCUCCCAAGGCGAAUGAGGAAUCGAAGGCAGCGCCACGCCUACUGCAGCUCGAUCUGAGCGAUGGCCAGAAUUCCAUAAAAGCCCUCGAACUCGAACCCGUGCCCCAGCUGAAUCUCAAUGUGGCUCCCGGUACGAAGAUCUAUUUUAAGGCGGAUAAACUCCAGCUGAUGCAGGGAUUCAUACUGCUGAAAUCCAGUGAAAUUCAGCUGCUUGGUGGCCGUGUAGACGCCCUCUACGAGAAGUGGGAUCUGGCCAGGACCAUGUUGCGAUAUGCCCGCAGUGGAAGGCCCUUGAGCGGCACCUCAGCGCCGCCACCUUGGUUGCCAUUUGGCAGUCGGAAAAUCGAUACCAACGCCGAGAGUGACAAGAACUUUAAGAGCUUGGUCGACAAGGGCGACAAGGAUAAGCCGGCGAAGGAGAACGAAGAGUUCAACGCCAUGCGCACCGAGGCCAUUGCCGAGGCCACGAAAGCGGGCGGCAAGAAGGUAUUUGGCGGUGGUGGCCAAAACAUCGUUGAUCACAACAUCAAGAAGAUCCUGGACAAGGGAUUUAGCGAGGAGGAGGCCCACAGUGCCUUGCACGCCACCCGCAACAACCUGGAGCGUGCUCUGUUUAACCUUAAGAGACGCAAGGAAGCCGGAGGCGUGGGUCCCAUCGAACCAAUGGGACGUCCGGGUCGUGGAGAUCGCCCGCCAAGAGAGGGAAAACGAGGGGCCAGUGCCAAGGACGAAGCUGAGGCGGCCAAGCCAGCUGCCAAUGCUACUCUCUUUGAUUUCCUCACCACCAAGCUGCCCGCCACUGAGACACCGGCUGCCAGCACCGCAGAGACAUAUGUCGCCGCUCCCACUGCCCCACCCACUGCCAACCAUUUUAAUCCCUUCAAACAAUUCGGGAACGCGAGGUUCAGCGAGGCCGACAGCAGAUCUGCCGCUUCGGGCGGCGGAGGAAAGUUUGCGGAUCGUUCCAGGUUCGAGAACAAUGUGUCAAGCAGCUUUGCCGCGCAUCGCGGUGGACAUUCGGGUUCCUCAAGAGGUGGUGGACGUAAUCGAGGCGGUGGCCGGGACGAGAGGCCGCCGAGGGAGGAGAGAGCCCACAGAGAGGAAAGGCCACCGAGGGAGGAAAGGCCACCGAGAGAGGAGAGACCUCCAAGGGAGGAAAGACCACCGAGGGAGGAAAGGCCACCCAGGGAGCGAGGAGGAGGCUUCAACGAGCGUGGAGGUGGACGAAACAAACCGGAAUCCUCGGCCGUAAAAGCCUCCAGUCGCAAUGGCGCGGACAAUCCACCGGCCAAGACGAAUUCGGAGGUGAAAAACGAGCAAGAAACCACCAAUGGAAAGGAGCACACUGGCAAUCGACGCGGCAGCGAUCGAGGCAGCAAUCGCGGGGGCUCAAACAAAGGCGAGAACGGCAACGCCAAUGGCAGCAGGCGCAAACAGCAGGCAGUCAACGCUGGAUCAAAUUCAGCAAGUGCCACUGCCAAAGCAACAAGCAAUGCAGGCGACGAUUUCAAUGCCCGUUUGAGCAAGGUAACCGAGGAAACGGCCAAUCUGAAGGUGAGCAGUGCUCCCAAGCGAGAGAAUCGACGCAAGGGUCAAGGUCAAGGACAUGCUAAUCGCCAGACGGCAACAGGAACGGGAACAGUAACCGAAACUCAGCAGCAGCAGACAGCACAGUUGCCUUCGCAGAAGCCGGAAAAGGCUCAGAAACAUCAGAAUCAGAAUCAAAAUCAGAAUCAGAAUCAGCACCAUCAACAGCAUCAUCACAAUUCCCGUCAUAAUUCGCACGCAAACUACAGUCAAUUGGCGAAUGGCUAUACCUACGAUCCCAGCAAGAUAAUGGGUUUCCAGAGCAAGGAGGCCAACGAUUUUGCCAUGAGUCUUCUAAAGAGUCAAGGCGUCACGAUGCCCAACCAACAGCUGCAGCAGCAGCAGCAGCAGGAAUUGCCACCGAAGUCCUUCGCUCCCGUUUCCGCCGCCACUCAUGGAAAUCCGCAUGCUCAACCCGCUUCAGUGGCUGCGCCACAGGCAGCGCCAAGGGAGCAGUUCGGAAUGACGCCGGGCGAUGCUUGGAUGUGGCAGAAGGGAGACUUGUGCAUGGCCAAGUACUGGGACGAUGGAAGGUAUUAUGAGGCUGAAAUCACCGGAGUAUCGGAGAAAACUUGCGUGGUCUACUUUAUGGGCUAUGGAAACCAUGAGGAGGUGCUCAAGGUGGACAUCCUGCCCAUUACAGAUGCCCAGAACAGACCGCUGAGCAACGCCCCCCAGCAGCAGCAGCAGCAACUCCAACAGCAGCAAUACCAACAGCAGCAACAUCAACCACAGCAACACCAACCACAGCAACAUCAGCAGCACUCACGUUACCGCGGAGAUCGUCAGCAGGUCUACGUACCGCCCCACAAAAGAGAUCAUUGAGACAGCCUGCUUGCAUCGUAAUAAAAUCAAUUGAAAUGUUUCGAAUAAACAACUUUACAGUGUAUUCAAACUUAA